GCUCACUCCUUAAGGAGAGCUUCAGCCACUCGGUGCAGCCGGGAAGGAAGAGGGGGGGGGGGCGGUCGGGGCAAGCACACGCCGACCGCUGGCCCCUCGAGCCCCUCCGAAGGGGAAAGGCUACCAGGGCUGCGGGGAAGCUGCGCGCUUGGGCAGCCAAGCCCCAGGAGGGAGAAUGGACAAAGCCUGCCCGAGGUCCCUGGGCGCCCUUCCAGAGGCACCAGGCGGAGGGCUGCUCUAGGGCGAGCCCGGCAGGAUCUGUGCAGCCCGCGGCGGAGAGAGCCGGCGCCUCCCUGAGGAAAGGGGCUGGGGGCGUCCCUGGGGUCUGGCCUGGGGCCUGGCACGCAGCGGGAAGGAUGCAGCAUCCCCUGGACCUGGGAGCCGCGCAUUAUUUCCCCGCGGAAGUCUUCCCUGACCACCGCUCGCAUCGCUACCGGAGUUUUAUGAUCGAGGAAAUCCUGACGGAUCACCCCGACUCCAAGGUCUCGGCGCCGGCAGGAGAGCUCCUCAAGUUCGGGGUGCAGGCGCUGCUCUCAGCCCGACCCUACCACAACCACCUAGCGGUGCUGAAGGCUGAGCAGGCGGCGGUGUUCAAAUUUCCCCUGGCCCCCUUGGGCUGCUCCGGCCUGGGUUCGGCCCUGCUGGCUGCAGGUUCGGGGCUUCAGGGCGGCUCGGGAUCCCCUCACCUCCCGCUGGAGCUGCACCUCCGGGGGAAGCUGGAGCCGGGACCCCCGGAGCAGGGCAGCAAAGCCAAGAAAGGGCGCCGGAGCCGCACAGUGUUCACCGAGCUGCAGCUGAUGGGGCUGGAGAAGCGCUUCGAGAAACAGAAAUACCUCUCCACGCCGGACAGAAUAGACCUGGCAGAGUCCCUGGGUCUCAGUCAACUUCAGGUGAAAACGUGGUACCAAAAUAGGCGAAUGAAAUGGAAGAAAAUAGUAUUACAAGGUGGGGGCCUUGAAUCUCCCACCAAACCUAAAGGCCGUCCAAAGAAAAACUCCAUCCCAAGCAGCGAGCAACUUACAGAGCAGGAGCGAGCCAAAGAAGCAGAGAAACAAGCGGAAAGCCUAAACUCGCCCUGUGAAGUCAAUCAGGAGGAAUAAAAAAAUAAAAAUAAAAAAAAUCAAGGAUGCCUCGUUAGCGUGCCAGACAGCACAAAGACUUACAAACCAGCAUCGAUCAAGUGCCUUCUCUAACGAGAUCUGAACAUUUUAAAGACUGGAUUAACGAUGAGAAACACACCAUCCGCAGCAGUGGACUGAUCCUUAGACUUGUGUGCCAUGCAUUUGUUAGGCCUCAUGCACUCCCUUCUAUUUUAAAACCUAGUUUCCACAAUGUGGAAUGAGGAGCAGGAUAAAUAGACAAGGCCCAUGCAGCGUUCUGUUCCACAAGAAGAUGCAAGGUGGAAGAAGAUGGGUGACAAAAUGGUUAGUGGAUUAUUAUUACCAUUUGAUUUCCGUUGUAUUUAAUAUUUGGUUGAUUCCUUUCCCCCUCUUUUUCUUCCCCCGUGUACAUAAGGAAAAACACAGCCGUUUCUCUUUCUCUGUAUCGGUUUGGGAGCUCUGCGAUGGAAGAUUGUUGUAUUUUGUAUGACAACCUGAAAGGGUCAGGAGGAGAUUGUUACAGUUAUCUUAAGCCUACUUGCUGUCUACAAUCCUGUGGUGCCCCAAGUUAUCCGAAAACUGCAUUUUAUGAUCAGUUAAUGCAAGAUAUUUACUUUAUUUCAAUAAAGUAUUUUAUGACCUGUU